UAGGUUCUGUACCCAUUCCUAAUUAAACACUCACAAAAUAAAGAUGCCUGGACCACUGCCAGCCACCUUUGUCAAGGGCUUCCAUAAUGAGGAGCUGGUGCGACGCAUGGAGUACCGGGAGCUGGGCAGCACAGGACUUCGCGUGUCCAAGAUAUCCCUGGGUGGCGCCACCCUGUCCUCCAUUUUCUACAACGACUUUAAAUGUGAGGAGGGUAUCAAGACGGUGCAGGAGGCAAUCAAAGCGGGCAUCAACUACAUUGACACCGCUCCCUUCUACGGCAAUUCGGAGGCGCUGCUCGGCCAGGCCCUGAAGGGUGUACCUCGGGAGGCCUACUACAUAGCCACCAAAGUGGCUCGCUAUGAGCUGGAUCCCAAGAAAAUGUUCAACUAUACGGCGGCCAAGGCGAGGGAGAGUGUGAAGCGGAGCCUGGCUCUGCUUGGCCUGGAGCAAGUGGACGUCCUGCAGGUGCACGAUGUGGACGCCGCCCCCAGCCUGGACAUGGUUCUGAACGAGACUAUACCCGUUCUGGAGGAGUAUGUGAAGGCGGGCAAGGCUCGCUUCAUCGGUAUCACCGCCUAUGAUGUGGACGUGCUCAAGGAGUGCGCCGAGCGCGGCAAGGGACGCAUCCAGGUGGUCCUCAACUAUGCCCGCUAUACGCUGGUGGACAACACCCUGCUGCGCCACAUGAAGGCCUUCAAGGAGCUGCAUGUUGGCGUGAUUUGUGCCGCUGCCCACUCGCUGGGGCUACUCACCAAUGCUGGACCCCCGUCCAUCCAUCCCGGUAGUCCGGAGCUUCAGGCUCUGGGUCGGCGGGCAGCAGAGAUCUGCAAGCAGCGUGACGUGGAGCUGGGCAAGUUGGCCAUGUACUACACCAUGCAACUGGACGGCGCAGCCACCUUCCUCAUCGGCAUUCCCAAUCGCCGGCUGCUGCAGAUUAAUCUGGACGCAAUCUUCGUCGGUCUCACCUCACACGAGCAGGAAGUGCUGCAGUAUCUGCGCGAAAAUAUUUUCACCAAAUCCUAUAGCUGGGGCUCCACUUUAUCAACUAUCAACAAGUUCCAGUGAGUGGAAAUCAUAGCUGAAGGAAUUAAAAUCAUUUAGUGACGACUGGUAGAAGCACAACUUUAACCACAUUUGUAAUAUUAUAAUAUGUAAUAAUGUUAGUACAUACAUAUAUCAUAAAAUAUAAUAAUGAAAAUAAAAUAAAGUAAU